AUGUUUGGUGCUAUAAGUAGGAUUGCUUUUUAUAAUAAUAAGUAUAAAUUAUCAAGGAGAGGUAGAAAACUAAGCAAUUUUGAUGAAUCUAAGAUUAUAAUGGCGUUACCGAAGGAUAUACCUGAUAGAACUUGGGUUGAAAUCUUACAAAAAGAAGAAAAUGAUUUAUUCAUUUUUGAUAUCCGUGAAGAAAUUAUUGAAAAUGCUUUAAGAAUUGGACAUUCGCAUUACAUGGAGAUACAGACUAUUACAUUUACAGUGCAUUGUGCUGUGAAAGCUUGGCUGAAACUCAUUGACUGGAACUUUUAUCGGCAUGAUCCUGGUGAAGACGUGAGUGCUUGGCCUCCUUGUUUUAUCCCUAAACGUGCGGAAUCGUGGCAGCCAGAUGAACCUCCGGAGCCUUCACCAAGAGACGCUUACUGUAGGCAGAGCCUUGUUAUCGUAGAAGACGAAUCUAAAGAGAGCUUGCCAAAAUGCUCGAGUUCCACGUCCUUAUAUUAUCCGAUUGUAGAGGAAAUACCGCGUGAAUGCUGGUUUCCUGGUAAAGUGAAUUUAGUGUCCGAAGUGGAAAAUGUAGAGAGCAAUAAAGUUGGAGGGAUGGAAAAAUUUGAAGGUAAUGGCAUAUCGCUGCGUACAUCCGAAGAGAACCUGGCCGCAGAAAGUGAGGUGCUGCAGAAGAUCAUUGAUUACAGCACGGAGCAAGUGUUGACGAUAGAGGAAUCUCCUAAGCCGCGCCGCAUUGACUCCAUCGAAACCACAAUAUCAGCCUUAGAAGACAAGUCAAAAGGCUUACAAGGCUGUGAAAUAUCGACUUUGGAAGAGACAGUAUCACAGUUGAAGUCACAGAUAUUGGAACGUGACCAAGACUUACUCGCUAAUGAUAUCCAGAUAGCGGGAUUCCCUGAAACGAGUGGUGAAAAUACCGCACAUAUUAUCUUGGCUAUUGCCAAGAAAUUAUGCGUGGACCUGGAUGAGCGCGAUGUGGUGUCUUCAGAGCGUACAGGUUUUAUACGCGAUAAUGGCGAGGGCUCUUCAGUUCCGCGGCCACGCCUUUUAGUCGUGCGAUUGUCGCGUCGUGCUCAGCGUGAUACUCUAAUACAGGCGGCACGAGUACGGCGCACGCGGCGGGGGUGUUGGUUUUUACAUUAG